UAUAAAAAACUUAAAGAAACUGAACCAAACUUAAGUAAUUAAGUGUAAAAGAGCUAAAAGUUAAGACAGUCGAAUCAGUCUAUCACAAUGAUAAAACGAAAAGUUUUACAAGACUUAAAAAAUAUUUAUUUAAAUGGAGUAGCCGCCGUUACACCCGAAAAAUUAAUCACAAAGAAUGUUUCCGUUGAAAAUACAAAAACAGUAACAAUAUGCGACAAAAAAUAUUACGUUGAAAACGGUUGUUAUGUGGUUGGUUUUGGAAAAGCUGUUCUUGGUAUGGCGUUAUCUUUAGAAAAAACAUUGGGUGAAACUUUAAAAGCUGGAAUAAUAAGUGUACCUGUUGGUAUUUUAAACACCAUUAAAACUGAAUUUAAUCUGAAAGAUACAAAUCUUCGGAUAUUGGAAGGUGCUAAAGAUAAUUUACCAGAUCAACAAGCUGAAAAUAAUUCCAAAGAAAUUGUGAAUUUCAUUAAAGAUUUACACGAAGAUGUAUUACUGAUUGUACUGAUAUCAGGCGGUGGAUCAGCAUUACUUCCGCUCCCAAAACCGCCAUUAACUUUAUCAGAAAAAUUAGCGAUUAUAAAACAUAUGACGAGCGCCGGAGCCACCAUAAACGAAUUAAAUAUGGUCAGAAAGCAGUUAUCGGUACUCAAAGGAGGUGGAUUAGCAGAAAUUGUUUCUCCUCGUCAAACGGUAUCGCUUAUAAUAUCCGACGUAAUAGGCAAUCCAUUGGAUUUCAUUGCAAGUGGUCCCACUGUGAGAAAUUGUGAUACAAGAAUCGAAGUACAACAAGUUUUUGAGAAGUAUAACUUAAAGUCUUUAAUUCCGACUGUUUUAUACGAAGAAAUAUUUUCUGAAAAUAAUUUUCGUUUGAUAAGCUCCAAAGAAUCAAAAAUCGAAGAUUACAGCCAUAUAGAUAAUUAUAUAAUUGGGAAUAAUGGUAUUGCAUUACAAAAAGCUUUUAACGUAGCGGAAUCAUUGGGAUAUGCAGCAUGUAUCUUAUCGGGAAACGUUGAGGGUAACGUUGAUGAGGGUAGUGCAAAAUAUGUCGAAUUAACAGAGUUAAUUAAAGAAUUCCUUUUAAUUGAAGCGCCUGCUAAACAACAUUUUUUUGAAAAGUUUAAAGCAUUACGAAUAUUUUUCAAUAUUGCACAUGAGACAGAGGAAAAAUUAUAUCAAACCAUAUUGAGAUUCAAGGAAAAAACCGUUACUGACAUUUGUUUGUUAAUGGGUGGUGAAACGACUGUAAUUGUUAGUAAUAAGAAUGGCCUUGGAGGUCGUAAUCAACAAUUAGCGCUUCAGUUUAGUAUAGAUAUGUCUAAAUUAGAUGAAUCAACACCAAAUUUACCAAAAGCUAUUUUAUUGUCUGCUGGCACAGACGGUAUAGAUGGUCCAACCGAUGCAGCAGGUGCUAUUGGAUUUGCGAAACAAUUUGAUAUGGCUGUUAAUUUAGGUAUAGAUCCAAUGUUGUUCCUAAAGGAGAACAAUUCUUAUAACUAUUAUAAAAAUUUAAAAGAGGGAAAAUAUUUAAUCGAAACAGGACAUACAGGAACGAAUGUUAUGGAUUUACAUGUACUGAUUAUUACCAACUCUGAUUUUGUCUCGGAAUAAAAUAUUAUUUUUAAUAGAUUAGAUUUUUAUG